UUUCAUUCACGCUUUCAUUCACGCAUGUAUUUCAUUUACACGUUAGUUUAUUGUUAAAUGUGUCGUAGUCGAAACACUCUACUUCCGGUGUAUUUUUGUAAAUGAGGCGUGAUGGGACGAAAGUGAUGUUUCUCUGUGUGUUUGUGUUUCGACUGAGGUUUAUCUGUUUCAAUUCUUAUUUAAGCAAAUGUCUGUGAUUCUGUCAGAACCGAGGAGACGCGCGAGCGUUUCUACAAGUGUUUUAAACGCCUUUAAAGCUUAAUCUGAUUCAUAUAAACUCUCUUACUGUUAUGUGUGUGACCCAACAUGCGCGCGCACAGUCACUGUGUCGUGCACUAGCAUUUAAAUCGGCGCAAACUUUGAAUGGAAAGGAGGGAAAGUGCUGAGCGUGUCACCAUAGCAACAGUAACCGACAGCUGUCAUCAAAACGGCUUUAUUAACGCUAAUUGUCAACAAUUUUAAUGUUUCCAUUACGUUCUCACAUUGUUAUUUGUGUUUAAGUUGAAUGAAUUUGAUCAACAUCAAUAACUGACGUGACGUCAUGUGUUUGUAUUUGUUGGCUGACGGCGGUUUGAGGCCCAUUAGGUGUUUGAUAAAGAGCAGCUGAGGAUCAUGGAGAGGACACAGGUGAAGUCUGAUUAUUUUCAGACUGAGAAGUAUCAGACCUAUGGCUCCUGUAUGGACCGGCAUCAAUCUCCCAGAAUAGACGUCCGGAUGGCCCGUUUCAGCGGCACCAAAGAGAACCGAGAACACCGAAAAGACCAGAAACGGUUAAAGGAUGUUAGAGAGUCGCCGAGGGAAUCGCCGGUCCAACCGGACUGGUGCGAGACUCCCAAGAUCAAGAAAAAGGAUGUUUCGCUGCGCCGGCGCCUGCUUAUGUCCCGCUCGCUCUCAGAUGGGAGUAAGGGUGGCAUCGCUACCCCUGGAGAGACUUCAGCGAGCCACAGACACGACAGCUUCCACUCUCCAGACAUCAGCCCAACUGGACCUUUGACCUUCAGCACUUUAAAAGCAGAGGAUGUGGACUUCUCGUGUCGAAAGCGCCGUCUUCUGUUCUCUCAGGCCGUUACUUCAACCCUGGACACCGGCAGGAGCGCAGGUCAUGUGCUGGAUCAGAACCCUCUCGUUGAACCAGAUCUUGAUGAAAGUAUCAUCGCUGGUCUUCCUUCAUCUCCGCAAACCAAUGACCUCAUCCCAAUGAUGGGUGACCCCUUCCAGUCCCCUUUGAGGGUUGAAAAGCAGAAACGGAACGUCCUGGACACACCCUCGCUGACCCCGGCCUCUGAGGACAGCGGCUUCAGUUCCAUGGGUCUGGACAAAUCACACGACGACUCUGUGGAUCACGACGGAUCAUUCCAGGAGCUGGUGCUGCCGCUGUCCUCGGGCAGUAAAGAGAGGAGACGCUCACGGCUGGAGAGACAGAAACGUCUGUCCACUCUUCGAGAGGGGGGUUCGCAGUCGGAGGACGUGCCCAGAGACCAGCGGGUGGGCCGGCGAGAUUCCGAUGCCCACGCGAGCAAGGACGAGGUGUUUUUGGACAAAACCCCGCUGGGUUCCGCCACGCUGAAGAUGCAGGACCUGUCUCUGACUCCGGCGCUGCAGGUGGUUCACGCCAUCAGUCGUUGCAGCACGCGUGUGCUACAUCAGCAAACCAGUUUAGAGGAGCUGCUGCGCGUGUCUGAGGAAGACGGAGCCGUCAGAAGCCGUCUGCCUCUCUCAGGACUCAUUGGGCGAAAGAUGGGCCUGGACCUAGUGGACAUCAUCACAGAACUCACGAUGAGAAACCUGCGACACAUUCUGAGUGUGAUUCUGAGUCUUCUGUCAGCGGCUGAUGUCUACAGGUUUGCUCUGGUGUCUGAUGACUGGAACGAUGUCAUCUCUGAGGAUAGAAAAGCCUCGUACAGGAGAAGAUGUCACAUGAGAGAGAUGAAGAUGUCUGUAGAGGCUGGUAGGACGCCGCAUGUGGCGGAUGCUGACACCCGGCUGAUGUUGAGCAGUCGAUCGGCUCUGAGCAGCGUCCAGGCUCAGGCCAGAACUCCACACACACCCCACACUCCCACACAACACCACACAGAGACUCACUUCAGCACCAAACGCAUGGAGUUCCUGCAGGUGGCUAAAACUCUCUUUAAUGAUGAAUAUUUGAAGCCGUGUCCCCGCUGUCAGCAUCCGGCUCGCUGUCACUCUCUGCGGGGUGAAGGUCUGUGCAGCUGGACCGACUGCAGUUUUCGUUUCUGUGUGUCGUGUUUGUGUGCGUUUCACGGCUCGAGAGACUGCGCUCACCUGUCAGCCAGACGCAGGAGUCGCAGGGAUGUGCUGCCCGGCAGCGCUCAGAGCAAACGCAACAUCAGGAGACUCUGACCGGCUGGUGUUUUUAUGAUGAAUUUCCUCAAGAGUUUUGCACUUAUGGACAGAAAUCAUUUAGCUCUUGUGUGUGUGUGUGUACAUAUUGCUCUUUACAUGGUUGUUUUUAUACAUUGUUUUAAAUAAAACCUUUUUUAUCUUUUCA